AUGGACGCCCUCUCCAGCAUGAUCAACUACGGAAUCGCCGGUAGGAUCUGCCUCCACGUCGCCUCCGAGCGCGGCUGGACCAGCGAGUGGAAGACCGUCCAAUAUCGCAAGAAGCGCACUCCAAGCGCCCGCAAGGUCAUCCAGAUGAGCACAGAGAGCGUCACCUCCUCAAGUGACGCAUGCGACUCGGCAGUAGUCAUGAGCGACGCUGCCUCCUCGAGCACAGAGAGCGCCUCCACCGUCUCGAGCGACAACCUCGAGACCCCCGACUUCAAAAAGUCCACAAGCCGCAACAACAGCUUCGCAUGCCUGGCCUACUUCUACGACUGGGACGAGCAGCCAGACGACUUCUGCAUCCAUCUCGCCGGCGUAGACUUCGAGGACAAGAAGGAUCCGUACCUCGUCGACACCGAGGACGUAUACCUCUACGACUGCCCCAUCACCAACGUCGUCGAUCUGUACGAAGACCUCGACCGUGUGCAGCAGCAGCUGGAAUGGGAGGCGCUCGAAGCGGAAGAGGAAGAGAUGGCGCGUCAAGCAUCCCUCGCGUCCGCAGCCCUCGCAGCCACCCUCCCAGUCGAGGACACCAAAUGGUGCCCCCCAUCAGACUGGCUCUCCACCGGCCCCCUCGAAGACGACUCCAUCAGCAACAGCCCCUCCAAAUUCCGCCACGUCGCCUCCUACAUCCCCGUCCUCCCGGAAAAAGAACUCGACCCCAGCUCCCGCGACUUCGCCGGUACCGGAUGCAUGUCCGCCCUCGAGCGCAAGCAGCGUCUGCACAGCUGGCUCAUGGCGUCCGAGCAGUGCGGCGACUGGUGCUUCUCGCGCAGCGAGAGAUCUGGCCGCUUCCGUGUUCACACUAUGAACACCGAGCACAUGUGGAAGACGCGGAGCGACGAGGAUUGGGAGGGGUUUGAGGAUGGUGAUGAUGAGGGGGAGGAUAUGUGGUCGUGGGAUGCGCAUCCGUGCUUUGCGGAUGUGGAGUAUGAGGAGAUGCCGGUUGUGGUGGGGAGGAAUGCGGGGUGGGAGGGGUGGACGGUUGUUAUUAGGGGGACGCUGUGGUGUAGGGGGAUGUGGUGGAUGUGA